AUGCUGCUGGUGCUCGUGGUGCUCAUCCCGGUGCUGGUGAGCUCGGGCGGCCCGGACGGCCACUAUGAGAUGCUGGGCACCUGCCGCAUGGUGUGCGACCCCUACCCGGCGCGGGGCCCCGGCGCUGGCGCGCGGCCCGACGGCGGCGACGCCCUGAGCGACCAGAGCGGUGCGCCCCCGCCCUCGACGCUGGUGCAGGGCCCCCAGGGGAAGCCGGGCCGCACCGGCAAGCCCGGCCCCCCUGGUCCCCCCGGGGACCAGGGUCCUCCGGGCCCCGUGGGGCCGCCAGGGGAAAAGGGUGAACCCGGCAAGCCAGGGCCCCCCGGGCUACCAGGCGCUGGAGGCGGCGGCGCCAUCAGCACGGCCACUUACACCACCGUGCCGCGGGUGGCCUUCUACGCUGGCCUCAAGAACCCCCACGAGGGUUACGAGGUGCUCAAGUUCGACGACGUGGUCACCAACCUAGGCAACAAUUACGACGCAGCCAGCGGCAAGUUUACGUGCAACAUUCCCGGCACCUACUUUUUCACCUACCAUGUCCUCAUGCGCGGCGGCGACGGCACCAGUAUGUGGGCGGACCUCUGCAAGAACGGCCAGGUACGGGCCAGCGCCAUCGCCCAGGAUGCGGACCAGAAUUACGACUAUGCCAGCAACAGCGUGAUACUGCACCUGGACGCGGGCGACGAGGUCUUCAUCAAGCUGGACGGGGGCAAGGCACACGGCGGCAACAGCAACAAAUACAGCACGUUCUCCGGCUUCAUCAUCUACUCCGACUGAGCUCCCCACGGCCCCGCCGGAGCUGCGUGCCAGCUGGGGGCCAGAGGAUGACCCCUUCCUCCCCCACUCUCGCUGCCUGGCCUCUCCGCUGCGGGCUGUCCCUGGCGCUACCACCCUGGCCCAUGUCACCACCAACAUCCUUGAAGCAGAGUCUGGCCUGGCGCACCCCACCUGGUCCCCGGGGUGGUGUUGACGCCCCCCUCCUGCCUGUGCUGUAUAUUUGUACAAUAGGACUAUUCACUGGCCAUCUCUGCCCCACCCACCUGCCCUCAUUGGGGGGCGAAGUCAUGGCAGCAGGUUGCUUCCCACGCUCAGAUGUGCUGACCUCCUAGCUCAGGGGUAGCGUCACCUGGGGAGAGGUGGUUUGGGGGCUGGAGAGCUUGCCAGCACCCCCUAAAGCCCCUUCCCAGCUCCGUUGUGCCCCUUCUGACCAAAGCUAUAAUAAAAACAUUUCCACCCUGUUGA